CACGCCAGUAAUUCCCACUAUAUCACGCACAAGGGUUCUAGAGCCACAAGCCUACGUUGACCCUUCCUAACACUUCAAUUAAGGGGUAGUCAGCCAUCAUAGCAGGGAGACCCAGUCAACAACCACCUCCCACAUCCGGUCCCCUUCAGCCGCUCACGUCCCCUCCAGCGAACCCCAGAAGCGUCUGGAGAGUUCUGGGGAGGGCGGCACCCUCGCCUCCCAUUGGUCCCAAGGAGGCCAGGGCAGGACUGGAGGCGAAACCCCUGGAAUAUUCCAGUCGCAACAGCCUCUCCGAGCACGGUGAUUGGCUGAACAGGAAGCAGGCGGGGCUCGACGACGACUUAUAAAAACCCCGCUGGCUGCGCGGCUAGGAAGAGCGAGCCUGGGUAACUGCUGGGAUCUUCUCGGGGAUUUUUGUCGUGAACCAGAGCGCUUUAACAGAGCGGGGUCUGUCGGUGUUGCAAUCUCAGCAAGGAUCGAAGCUUUCCUUAGCGGAUCCCGUCGGCAAACUCCAACCAGAACCUCAGCGCGGAGCCGAGGAGAGGCUGCAGGACACCGACAUGGCCAAAACCACGGCGAUUGGCAUUGACCUGGGCACCACCUACUCCUGCGUGGGGGUGUUCCAGCACGGCAAAGUGGAGAUCAUCGCCAACGACCAGGGCAACCGCACCACCCCCAGCUACGUGGCCUUCACCGACACCGAGCGACUCAUCGGAGAUGCGGCCAAGAACCAGGUGGCGCUGAACCCGCAGAACACCGUGUUCGACGCGAAGCGGCUGAUCGGUCGCAAGUUCGGCGACCCGGUGGUGCAGUCGGACAUGAAGCACUGGCCCUUCCAGGUGAUCAACGACGGAGACAAGCCCAAGGUGCAGGUGAGCUACAAGGGCGAGAGCAAGGCGUUCUACCCCGAGGAGAUCUCGUCCAUGGUGCUGACGAAGAUGAAGGAGAUCGCGGAGGCGUACCUGGGCUACCCGGUGAGCAACGCGGUGAUCACCGUGCCCGCCUACUUCAACGACUCGCAGCGGCAGGCCACCAAGGAUGCUGGCGUGAUCGCCGGGCUCAACGUGCUGAGGAUCAUCAACGAGCCCACGGCGGCCGCCAUCGCCUACGGCCUGGACCGGACCGGCAAGGGGGAGCGCAACGUGCUCAUCUUCGACCUGGGUGGGGGCACGUUCGACGUGUCCAUCCUGACGAUCGACGACGGCAUCUUCGAGGUGAAGGCCACGGCCGGGGACACGCACCUGGGCGGGGAGGACUUCGACAACCGGCUGGUGAGCCACUUCGUGGAGGAGUUCAAGAGGAAGCACAAGAAGGACAUCAGCCAGAACAAGCGAGCCGUGAGGCGUCUGCGCACAGCCUGCGAGAGGGCCAAGAGGACCCUGUCGUCCAGCACGCAGGCCAGCCUGGAGAUCGACUCCCUGUUUGAGGGCAUCGACUUCUACACGUCCAUCACCAGGGCGAGGUUCGAGGAGCUGUGCUCCGACCUGUUCCGCAGCACCCUGGAGCCGGUGGAGAAGGCCCUGCGCGACGCCAAGCUGGACAAGGCGCAGAUCCACGACCUGGUCCUCGUGGGGGGCUCCACCCGCAUCCCCAAGGUGCAGAAGCUGCUGCAGGACUUCUUCAAUGGGCGCGACCUCAACAAGAGCAUCAACCCCGACGAGGCGGUGGCCUACGGGGCGGCGGUGCAGGCCGCCAUCCUGAUGGGCGACAAGUCCGAGAACGUGCAGGACCUGCUGCUGCUGGAUGUGGCGCCCCUGUCGCUGGGGCUGGAGACGGCGGGAGGCGUGAUGACGGCCCUCAUCAAGCGCAACUCCACCAUCCCCACGAAGCAGACGCAGAUCUUCACCACCUACUCCGACAACCAGCCCGGGGUGCUGAUCCAGGUGUACGAGGGCGAGAGGGCCAUGACGAAGGACAACAACCUGCUGGGGCGCUUCGAGCUGAGCGGCAUCCCUCCGGCCCCCCGCGGCGUGCCCCAGAUCGAGGUGACCUUUGACAUCGACGCCAACGGCAUCCUGAACGUCACGGCCACCGACAAGAGCACCGGCAAGGCCAACAAGAUCACCAUCACCAACGACAAGGGCCGCCUGAGCAAGGAGGAGAUCGAGCGCAUGGUGCAGGACGCGGAGAAGUACAAAGCCGAGGACGAGGUGCAGCGCGACAGGGUGGCGGCCAAGAACGCCCUGGAGUCUUACGCCUUCAACAUGAAGAGCGCCGUGGAGGACGAGGGCCUCAAGGGCAAGAUCAGCGAGGCCGACAAGAAGAAGGUGCUGGACAAGUGCCAGGAGGUCCUCUCCUGGCUGGAUGCCAACACCCUGGCCGACAAGGAUGAGUUUGAACACAAGAGGAAGGAGCUGGAGCAGGUGUGUAACCCUAUCAUCAGCGGACUGUACCAGGGUGCGGGUGGCCCUGGGGCUGGUGGCUUUGGAGCUCAGGCGCCCAAGGGGGGCUCUGGGUCUGGCCCCACCAUCGAGGAGGUGGAUUAGAGAGAGGCCCAUCCUCCUUUACCUUGUUCAUCUUUGAGACAGACUUCUGGACUCCAGGAUCUUGUUGUUGCCCUACAUGUUACCUAAUAUUAAUCCUCUACUCCUUGAGUUCAUUCUGAAGUUAAAUUGUAACCUGAUGGUAACGGCUACUUGUCUUUAUUGUAUUUUUGUUGUAUAACGGAAUGUUCUUCAUAUUUAAUGUUUAACGCUACAAGAGUAUCUUUUGUUUUGUUUUCCAUUUUUCUUGCUCUCUAAAAAAUGAACCUUGCCACCCUGUGAGCAAUAUUUUGCUUUUUACAACAGGACAAAGUCAGUAGAAUUUUUUUUUAUAUAUUUAAAGAUGAAAAAUGAUGAAAC